AUGCUCUUUACGAAAUACAUUAUCCUCCUGGUUGCAGGCUUUGCAUCCUACUCCUUGGCUGCAACGUUCGCUUCCGUAGCGGAUGCCUUCACUAGCCUUGAUGCCACUACGGACUCCAUCGAAAAUAUUGCAGGGAGAAUCGCGAGGUCUCCAGGAGGCAUGACUGAGCUACUAUCCAUAGCCGGAUCCAUCAACACCAUCUGCGGCGAGGUUCACAAAUGUCAGGAAAAUCUGAAAGGAAUGCAAAAUUUCACGAAGAAGGAGGAGGAAGAGGGAAACCCUCACUAA